AUGGCAGAUAUGAACCGAAAUAGAAUGUGGAACUACGCUGGGAUACUUGUUGUGGUUCUUUUAAGUUCAGUUUCAGCUCAAACACAGUGGCCUAAUUGUACGGAUAAAAGUGGACAUAUUCAGCCUAUACCAGCUGAGCAUAUCCUCCGUCAGAAAGUACCUCCAUUAAUUAUUGGCCACCGUGGUAAUCCUCGUAUUUUUCAAGAAAAUACAUAUGAUGGUUUCGUAAGUUUAUUAGAUACCAACGCUGAUGGCUUCGAAUUGGAUGUUUUCUUGACUAAAGAUGACAAAUUAGUUUUGUUCCACGAGCCAAACACUGAGCAUUUAACUGGAACAGACAAAACUAUCUACAACAUGACCUAUGAUGAAAUCUCCAGCCAAUUAAGAUUGAAGAAGAAGUUAAAAUAUGGCAAUAAUGUCUAUGAAUUUAAUCAAACACGCCCACUGCCACUUCUGGACGAUAUUCUAAAACGUUUUGAAAAUGAGAGUAUGCUGAUUUUUAUUGAGAUGAAACCUGACACACCUGUUAAACAGCCAGAUAUGGACUAUGUUAAUAGAAUCGGUGCUGCUAUUGGUAAUAUCGUUAGAAAGUAUAACUUGGAAAAUAAAUCCGUGGUUAAUUCUUUCGAUUUUUGGAAAGUUCGCGCUGCUAAAAUGAGCAAUCCUGAAUUAGUGGUCGGUAAUUACUUUUAUCCUGAAGAAUUCGAUGCGGUAAAUUAUGACAGUCACGCCAUAUACGGAUCCUUCCCCGGAUUAGAAGCUUGCUCCAAAGCCAUACCUGAUCGAUUGCAAUUUAUGAGAUUCUUAUUUGAAACAGGCGCAGUCUUGAAAACUUAUAAUGGCUCUUUCUUUACUACGGAUUCGCUAAUCUAUAAUAAUCCUUUAGUUAGUAAUUUAACUAAAAAUCAAAUGGUAGCUUUAUUCGGAGGUCAGGUUAGUGGUGGCGCUUACACUAUCUAUAGGAUGGCACAAACGAUAAAACAAAUCGACGCUCAAGAAAAAGAAAUUGACAAUAUGAUCAAAUGGGGAGUUAAAAGGCUAAUAACCGAUGAUGUUGGUAGAUUGUUGCGAAAAUUUAACAGAGCACGCCAAAAAUAUCCAGACUGCAUUUCAGGUUCUACUGGAGUCAUUCCUUCCAAUCAUAUCUUCAAUACUAAGAAGAAACCACUCAUUAUUGGCCAUCGGGGCAAUCCUAUGCACUUUCAAGAAAAUACGAUGGAUGGGUUUGAAAGCCUUAUAAAUAAGACUUAUAUCGAUGGUUUUGAACUCGAUGUCUUUUUAACUGCAGAUGAUGAAUUGGUUACCAUUUUCGACGGCAAUCUUGCACGUUUGACUGGUCGCAACAUCAAUGUCUAUGAAGCUACCUACGAUGAAAUUUCGAACCUAACAGUUACGGACGAAAUUACCUACGGAAAUAGAAGAUACAAAUUCUCAAAACGGCGUCCUAUUCCACUCCUGGAAGAUAUUUAUAAAAAGUUUCAAAAUGAAAGCUUUAUCAUUUACACAGAGAUUAAAUCACCGCAGCAAGACAGUAUUCGCUUCGAGUAUGCUAAUAGGGUUGCUAAGGCUUUAGUGGAUCUUAUUGCCAAAUAUAAUAUGGAAUCGAAAGUUUUUAUAUUCUCGUUCGAUACGUACAACACGAUGGUCAUUAAAAAGCUCAAUCCUAACCUAGUAACAGGUGGAUUUUUAUUUCGAGGAGAAUUUACUCCCAAUUUCGAUAGUAAAAAGGAAUACCUCAACUUUACCAGUUUAUCCAAAUGUUUACGCGUUCUGCCUAAUGGACCCAAAUUUACAGAAUUUUUAUUAUUAACUGGUGCGAUCCUGAAAUCUUUUCAAGGAGCUUUCUUUGAUAUUGAUGAUUAUCUGUUUCCCAAUUAUCUGCAAAAAACAACCUUAGCCGCGUUGGCAAAGCAAUAUGGUCAUCAACCGAGUUUCGGUGCUGGGGCUCUUUAUAGAAUGGGUUCUUCAGAUCAGCAAUUGAAAGCUGCAGAACCUAUGUAUAAAGCUAUGGUGGAAUGGGGAGUGCAGCGAUUAGUUACAGAUGAUCCCUUUCGAACGGCCAAACUAAUCGGCAGAUACAGCAACUAUUCUACAAGCUCAACUCCUGUAUGGGUAACGACCGGUACUAUUUCCAGCAGCUUACCUUCCACUCCGCUUAUUUCUGCUACUAUUUUGUUAUUCAUAUUUGGAUUGGUACAGUGGCUAACAAUUUAA